UCGCAAUUAAGCACGAUUAAAUUAUUGAUAGGUGCGAAUAUGAUUGAACGAAAGGCAUCUAAUGAUAGCGAAUUCCAUGAUUGGUAAUUUAGCAAUCGUUGAUAGAAGCUCAUCAACAUAGUACACCUAAAAUUCGCAGACGUGCAUUCGAAUUACGUAAAGUGCUAAAUUAAGUUUUUAAAUGAGCACUUAAUUCAAGUUGAGUCUGAGAUUCAAAAAAAAGAAGUCGCAAUGGGUGUGGGCGUUAUUUCGAUUGCCGCAUGUGUUAAUCAUACAGCAUAAGUUUUCUAUCACGCGAAGGGGCAAUGCGUGCUUCUGUAUGAGAUGAGCGUUUCGCCCCCUUCGGCAAAAGUACGGAUAGAAAAAGCUAAAUGCUUAUGUGAGAGAAACUAAGCGUUCAUACUUGGAGAGGGGCUUCUUGGAAUACACGAACGAAUAGAGUGGAGAGCAUAAUCUUGACUGCAAUUCAAACCGUCGUUGGUUUUGUUUCAGAAGCGAAAGAAAAUACCAAAUUAAAAUACAAUAUAAACUAAAAGAAAGUAUGAUAGGAUAAAGUGUAAAGGACUAGUCAUAAAAAAUAUAUAUAUAUAUAUAUAUAUACUUUUAUUUCUUUACGAUAAACAAGCUGGCUAUCAGCUAUUUACUCGCCUCUUUGAAUCUCCCCUAUCUGGCACAUUUGCUCUUCAUUUCUUAUUCCUGAAGAUAAUACAUGGGAGAAGAAGGGCAAGAGUUUGUUUUAGGGAAAGGUAUCUAGGAAAAAUUGAGACAGCAUUUACUAAGCAUAUACCCAUAUAUAAAUACAUAGUGAUUGUUUAUUUUAUCAAUUUUUUAUUUUUUCUAUAUAAAGCCUCUCGUUCCGUUUCCAUAGAAAUGAGUUUCAUUCGAAUCCUUAUUAUUUGUACCUAUUUAUAUACGCAUGGACGCGUUGUUUCGUUUUUUUUAAUGAAUUGAAAAGGGAUACAAAUGAUGAGCUUGAUAUUAUCGUGAAUAAGUUUCAUCAGUUAGCCAAAAAACGACAGAUGAAUAGCAUCAUCCAUUUGUUGCAACUACAAGAUACUUUGCUUUUGAAAGCAUCCCAAACACGACGCGUAAAUGAAGAUCCUUCAGAGAUUUUGGUUAAUCUUCGGCAAGAAGAGAAAAUCCACUUAUUAGAAUAGAAUAGGAUGAAACGCGUAAUUCUUAAUCAUUAUGCAUGGUUUGUUUACCUGGUUUUAAAAUUCAGGUGUUACCGAAAGUUGUGUUGUUACUUCACCAUCAUCCUUUACCCUUUCACCUAGUGGUGGUGUGCACUGGCAAAAGCCCACUGUAGGGAACACUUAAAGCAAUAGCACUUGAAAAGUCAACAGCAAAGGUUGGUCUUCCACCAAAUCCUUAUGUUGAAUCGACGAUUAACUAUCCACCUUCCGUUCUAUGCAAAUCAAAAUCCUUCUCCAUCGUGGAUUUGGCGUUACUUUUCUCCUAAAUCCCGAAUUGGCUUAUUUUUUUAUGUAUCGCUAAUUAUACUUGGGACUUUAAUUAUGACAUUUAAAACUAUGAAAUUGAACACCUCGCAAUGCUUCACUCCUGUUCCAUUGGUGGGAGCUGAUCCCUUAAGCAAUUUAAAUCACUUAAUUAUUAUUGCUGGACACGCUGUCUGGUUGGGGGGAUCUUCUCAGGGACAAGAGGAUAGCGAAUGGAUUUUAGAGCCAUACCAAAAAGGAGAGGGAAAAGUAUUUGCAGAACAUGCCCGUAAAGGCUUGAACUUGCUUGAGCAAGACGAAUCUUCACUUUUAGUCUUCUCAGGUGGACAGACUCGUCCAAAUGCUGGUCCAUAUUCUGAAGCCCAGUCCUAUUACUUACUUUCCAAGUCGAUGAAUGAUGAUGCCUUUUUAUUAUCGCGGAGGACCACCGAAGAGUUUGCUCGAGAUAGCCUAGAAAACGUCCUCUUUUCAAUUGCCAGAUUUCAUGAAGUAACCGGGCAUUAUCCUGAGAAAAUAACAGUUGUCUCUUUUGAGUUCAAACGAGAGAGGUUCCUAAAUUUACAUAGGGAGGCUAUUCGUUUUCCAAGUCAACACUUUUACUUCGUUGGUAUAGACCCAGAAGGCGGCGUCCCUCAAGCUAGCUAUGAUGCAGAAAAAAAUAAUGCCCUUCUCCCUUUCACAGAAGAUCCUUACGCUUGUGUACAUUCUUUGUUGGUGCGAAAAAGAAGAGAACGUAACCCUUAUCGAAGACAACAUUCUUAUCUUAUUACAUGCCCCGAACUAAUUCCUUUAAUUGAAUAUUGCCCUUCAAAAAGUUCUAAAUACUACUCAGGAAAAUUACCUUGGUAAUUUAUUACAACCACGUCUCAAUUAUUUCACUUUUUUUUUUUUUUUUUUCUUUCAAAGGCUGGUGGUAUAUGUUCAAACACUUAUUGCUUUUAUGUAGAUACAUUUUCUUUUCAUCUUUUGUUUACGUACAAAAAUAAGACCAUUCUUUUUGUCCAAUCUUAUUAUAUAUAAAAAACUAGAAAUAAAAAAAAAGACAAAACGGCAUAAUUUUGGAUUAAUAUGUGUUCAUUUCAGCAUAAAGUACGAUUUCAAUAGAGC